AUGUACGAUUCUUCAUUCAUAUCAUCCUCAAGAGAUUGGAUAAUUCGUGUCGGUUAUAAUACGUAUGUUACGACAAUAUUAUUAGGAUUGACGAAUAGUUUAUUUUAUUUCAUCACUGUGAGAAUAAUUUGGAAGCGGUGGGCAGUCGGGAAAUCAAAUGAUAAUAAAGUGAGUAAUAAUCAUGAGCAUUUUAUUGAUAUGGAACACAUCGAUGAAAUGGAUGAUAGUACCAUCGGUAAUUCUGAUAUUGAUGAUGAUGUGGAAGAUUCGGAAGUAUUGAUAAGAAUUAGUAGUGAAAUGUAG